AUGAAAUUGGCACAUGGAUAUAUGCAAUACUCUACCAUUUAUGUAAUAUACAGCUGCUGAAAAAGGUAUUUUUUGCAUUUAAUCAUCAUUUCUACAUUUGUGUCCAUUUCAGUUCAUUGUCUGUUGCAAGAAAAGCCAACCUCAGGACUGACAUAAACUCUAACAUCAAUGUAAGUAUGAGAGCAUGACACAUGAAACAUGUGAUAAAAUAAGGUUAUUCCAUCAAGUACAAUUGUUCCUAAAAUACAUGUAAAACAUUAUGUUGUUUAUAAAUGAAUAUGACACCAAACACCAAGGGUUUUUUGUGUAAUCCACUGUAUUUUUUCUACAUGCUUUAGCCUACAUCUUUAGAUUCAUAUCCUUUCCCCCUUUCCCUUAAAAAGAGUUACUUGUGGAAUUGAGUUUGGAACUAGUUAUACUUCCCACUACCUGUUGUUGUAGGUGUGGCUCUUGUAAGAUUAAAAAUAAAUAUAGGAAUUUAUUACUUGGUCACAACUUGUCACAGCCCCCUAUGCUGAUAGUGAUCAAAGUUUUAGGUGGUUUUCUGAUUGGUCAGUUUGAAUGUAUUAUGUUGGGUUUGGUCAAGUACAUUGGGGGUUAAAGGGAUCUUCUGAUUGGUCAAUUUGAAUGUAUCAAGUUAGGUUUAGUCACAUGGUCAAGAGAUAGAGGAUAAAGGUCAAUGUUUUUAUGAGCUCUGGGCUUUUUGCUUUGGCUUUUUGGCUUUUGCAUUGGCCUUUUCCCUUUCCUUUCUUCUUCACUGGGGUUCAGGCCAUUAGGCCUAGGUUCCAGUUCUCUUUCUUCUAAACUUUCUUUCUUUCUCUGUUCUCUAUCUUAUCAGGUAAUAUCUCACAUACAUUGGAAACAGUCAAUUGUUUGUAUUAUUUACCAUUUCAUGCAUUUAUAGUGUAACCAUUUCAACUGUAAUUUUAAGUCAGUACUGUAAUUAAACCUUUUCAUUUACAAAUCUGUUGUUUAAUUUUGAUUUAGUGUUAACACUUAAACGCUCCAUAUUGCAAUACAAUAUAUUCGUACUCUAGCAACGCUCUCAGACAUAUUGUGUCAGAAACCCGGGAACGAUUGCAGUUUUGUUCCCCUUCCGAAACCUGAGAUCCCUUACAGUUUGGUGGCCCGUACGGGGAUCCCUUGCGGUGAGUUUUCUGAGUUUUACUCUGAUUGAUCAACUGAAUGAGGACUUUAUCACGGUUAAUCCUGUGAAUGUUUUGAAGGCCUUCUGACCACACAGUGGGUAAGUCUGUUUAAUUGUUUCAUGGCAUGGUUAGUGAAAUCUCCAUUUGCAUGAAUUGUAUGAAACAGAAGAAGGACCUUAAAUAUCCUAACAUUGUUGUACAGUUAGAGAUUAUUUCAGAUUAUCUCCUCGGGGAUGGAAGGGAGUAACUCCAGUAAUGAUAUAUUGUUUGAUUUAUGGAGCGAGAAAGUUGAAUCUACACUUUAUAAAUUAUAUAGAAAGGGUCUGGAUUACUACGCUACCACUGAUGAUAUUCUCACAUGGUGGCGCAUGGUUGGUGUUGAACAAAGAAAAUCCAAACAUGCUGACACCAUUGAGGCUUUGAAUUUCAUGACUUGCAAGCAGCUACGUAAAAAUACUGGAAUUAUUAAGUCAAUCCUGAAUGCUAAAAGUGAUGAAUUGGGAACCAAAAAUGCUGAAUUACAAAAGUCAGAGGCAAAGAUCCAAAAUCUUCAAACUCAGAUAGAUCAACUAUCAUCUGAGCAGUUAGCCCUGGCUAAACAGUGUGAGAAGUAUAAAGACAUUAUUGCAGAUGUAAGGGCUAAACUAAUUGUGCGAGACACUAGGUCUCCCCAAACGCUUAACAGCAAUGGGACUACAAAAGAUGCUACUUGUACUAAAGAGAAUGUAUUUUCCAGAACCCAGAAAAGUGUUCCUAUUUCAGCAAUUGGGGUGAUGCAUCAACAUGCUGGAACAGAACCGCAUGAUGUGAAAGAAGCAUUAGAGAGUCACAGACCUCCUGAAACUCCAGUAGAACCAAGCUACAGACCCGGUGGCAAAAUGAACAGGCUUUGUAGUUCCUGUCAUAAAAUAGGCCAUACAGAGGAGAAAUGCUGGUCACUGGGCAGGGGCAGACCUCCACCUUAUUAUUUAAAAUGUAGAAAAUCACUUUCUAAGGACAGAUGUAAACAAUCUGGUUUUGCAGGUAAAACCAUUACUGAGUUAACUGCAUUGUUCAUGCAAGGACUCCAGCUGCUAACCUCACUUGCUAGUGGCUUAGCAGCCAGUUAGCAUGUGUUUAACAUUCUCAUUACAACGAUCCUGUUUGCAUUUCCUGAUUUGUAAUUGUUCGUAAUGCAUUGUUGUUUCUAUAGAACACAAAUUCUAGUUGUUUGUUGUACUAUAUGUACACAUAGGCUAAUGAAGUUAAUUUCUUAUAACACUUGACUGUUUCCAUUGUAAGUGUUAGACAAAACAUUUAAGUGAGAGGUUGUUGAAGCUACAUGUAUUCUAGACCAGUCGUCUUGUGUUAAUGGAAUAACUUUUGCUCUUGAAAUUGUCUAUUAGUUUCAAGUUGUAUGUGUUUCUAUGUUGAAAGAUUUGUCUCCUAAGUGGUAAACUCUGCUAUUCCCUGUAUAGCUGCAGUCAGACCCUAAAGAGGAGCACAAAAAUGCCAUGUGGCUACAUUGUGUUAUAUAAUUACAUUAAUGGAAAUGUUUUACCUCACAACAGGAUCCAGUAGCACUUUUACCAUGCUUAACUAAAAACAUGGGUGUAAGAAGAUUUACAGAGCCAGAUUACAAUCUCAUACUUAUAUCAAAAUGGCUCCCUGUUUUCAACAACAGGACUAAAUUUGCAUCACAAUUUUAUCUUCCUCACCUUUGUUGCAGCAUGGUAUUCACACAUAGCCUUAGUUAAAUUCACACAUAGCAAACACAAUUCGCCUCACAUCAGUCAUUAUGUUAAAAUGUCUGAUGUCAAGCAUCUGUUUUGGUUUCUUUUCAAAAAGUUUGAUUAGUUUUAUGUCUCAAAUACUGAAAUCUUGAUAAAGAGUUAUUUUCUAUGUGUAAUAAUUUCAUUAAUUUUGCUAUUAUGUUUUACAUUUAAUUUGCUCUUUAUCCAAGACAUUUAAAACUGUCAUGUUCUUUGUUCUCAUUUUGUUCAAUUUAUUUAUAUUGGUUAUACUGAAAAAUUAAGAUCUUUAAAUAUCAUGUGGUUACACUGAAUAUAUUGUUGUUAUUGCUUCUUAUGACAAAGUGGUUUGUUAAAACUAACAUUUGCUAAGUUUAAAAGAAGCAUUUCAUUCACAUGUUUCUAAAACCAAUGUAAGAGCUUUUAUUAGUUUUUCUUUUAUUUUCACCUUGACCAUGUUUUUAUGUAUUUGACAGGGAUUUAAGGCUGAAGACCAAUCUGACCAUUUAAAAGUUGAGUAACAAAUGCCAUAUGUUUUGCUGUAUGUUGUGCCAUUUGCUUAAAUCACAGGAUUCCUGCUGUUUCACAUUUUGGGUGUUGCCUCAAAGAGAAGGACAAAAGUGAAGUCCCCCUUCAGGGCCUGUUCUUGUGAAGGUGUGAAGUAUCGAUGGAAAUCUGCAUAACUAUGAAAGGUGCAAUUCCAUUCGAUGAAGCCUUUCAUGCAGGGCUGAAAAGAGAAGAACGUCUUCAAGUCUCAUCAACCAGCAACCAGUUUGGACAAUAAGUCUGAAGAUGACCACUGCACACAACUGAAAGCAUAAUCUUAUGAACUGUGUCAUCAUGGAUCUUUCUACGAAUGGCCCAUGUUGCCAAAGGGCGGAUUGUAAGAUUAAAAAUAAAUAUAGGAAUUUAUUACUUGGUCACAACUUGUCACAGCCCCCUAUGCUGAUAGUGAUCAAAGUUUUAGGUGGUUUUCUGAUUGGUCAGUUUGAAUGUAUUAUGUUGGGUUUGGUCAAGUACAUUGGGGGUUAAAGGGAUCUUCUGAUUGGUCAAUUUGAAUGUAUCAAGUUAGGUUUAGUCACAUGGUCAAGAGAUAGAGGAUAAAGGUCAAUGUUUUUAUGAGCUCUGGGCUUUUUGCUUUGGCUUUUUGGCUUUUGCAUUGGCCUUUUCCCUUUCCUUUCUUCUUCACUGGGGUUCAGGCCAUUAGGCCUAGGUUCCAGUUCUCUUUCUUCUAAACUUUCUUUCUUUCUCUGUUCUCUAUCUUAUCAGGUAAUAUCUCACAUACAUUUGAAACAGUCAAUUGUUUGUAUUAUUUACCAUUUCAUGCAUUUAUAGUGUAACCAUUUCAACUGUAAUUUUAAGUCAGUACUGUAAUUAAACCUUUUCAUUUACAAAUCUGUUGUUUAAUUUUGAUUUAGUGUUAACACUUAAACGCUCCAUAUUGCAAUACAAUAUAUUCGUACUCUAGCAACGCUCUCAGACAUAUUGUGUCAGAAACCCGGGAACGAUUGCAGUUUUAUUCUCCUUCUGAAACCUGAGAUCCCUUACACUCUUAUUAAAGUCAAGUCCAAAUUUUGCCUCCCAGCUCCCCUUGGAACAUCAUGGAACGUCUUUUAAACGUUAGACAAAGACAUUAUAAUUACUUCUUUUGGAGGUGUUUUUUAUGACGGCAUUUCUGUGCCAAAAAGAAUCGAGCGCAUCACUGAUACCCGCACGCGCGCAAAAGUAUUAUUGUGAGAGCAUAACAGAUCUGCACGCGAGGAAACAAAAGAUUGCGAGCUCCUUUAACAUCGUCGCGCGCAUGAAAUCUCAUAUGCUCGUAAUUUAAGCCCUCGCGCGCGGAGAUGUGUCUAACAGCACGCACAAAAUCAACCCCACACUCUCGCGCUGCAUCCUCUCUUACCUGCUACUUUUUGCUUGAGCGAAUACAAUUCUUUUUGGCAGUCGAGGGGCGGGACUUAUUUAUUUACAUGUAAUCUCAAAUGUCAUUGGUUACUACCCAUUUCCGGAAGCCAGUUGUAAUUGGACAACCUUGGUUGUCAGUCAAGACGUGAAGCGGGAAAGGUUUGACGUAUCACGUAAUCAAGAUGGACAACAAGAUGGAUGAUCAAAAAGAGGUAGGUAAAGAUUGCCACUAAUUAAUUUAAUUUUGGCACAUUAUGUUUUAUCGGCUUACUUUUAAAAACGUAUAAAGAUUCAAAUUAACUGGCCAUAGUUAUAUUUCUGUUUAGCGUUCUAUGAAACUAGUUAAUUAACGACUUUGCAGCUAAGAUCAUACCAAUUAGUGCAUAGGCUUUAUCUAAAGCUAAUAAACAGAAUGAUAAAGCAACUUGUUGCCAGGAUCUUUAUUAGACUUUUACUUUAUUUUAUAGUUAUAAAGUUAAUUUAAAGUUAAUAAAGUUAAAUGUUCUGAUACAAAAGCCUGCUAAACAGCGAUAAGGAGUAUAACGUUAACAAAUGCUUUCAACAUGUAACGUUAACGUUAGGCCUAAGUUAUGUAUGUUUAUCAAAUACUUUAGCGUCAAAUCCGCCAUUUUUAGGCAGAAUCCAUAAGAGUCUGAUUAAAAGCUAAUUAACAAGAAAUCGUGCUAGCACUUCCCAAGCUUUGCGUUUAAAAUGUUCAGUUAAUAUUAUAUAAUUUAUAAUUGGAUUUACAAUUGCAAUUAUCUAUUUGACUAAGUUACAUGCUGUUAACGUUCUACUUUGUUUUUAACAUUGGGCCUAAUAAUGGUUUCUCCAUUCAUACACAAUAGGUUGAGUUGCAGAACGCUGCCAGGCAUGUGGUGUCCCUUUUACGCAGUGCUCUGUCUAAUGAAUUAUGUUCACCAUCACAUUCAGAAGGGCAGGGUCAGAAAGAGCAGGUCACAGCAGACAGCAUACAACACCGCUACACGGGUCAGGCAACCUCUGGCAACAGGGUGCAGUCUGCACUGAGACCUCAACGUGCCCUUGAUGUUGCUGGAUCAAGCAAUUCAGUGGACCAGAGUAUGGCCAGAGCAUUCCCUGGUAUGUUCAAAGCACGAAAAGGCUUUAUCCCAAAUCCCAAAAAGAGGGCCACCAGGUCUACCCCAAUCCAGUUUUUCCUGUUAAAUAAAGCUGUUGAAAGGACCCCAAAAGCUUCUGAUGAGUUGAUACUACUACAGGCUGGAUUAGGAAGGAGGACUAUUGCCAUCCCAGAGGAUGCUGCCCACUCUGAGAUAUCCAAACUGUUGUUGGAGGCAUAUUCAAAAAUGGAAUCAUUGGAGGGGGCCUGGAUGCUCUAUAAAGCUGUUGGUGGAUCAGGUCAACAAAAGUUGAAUGUUGUUGCACCAGAAGCUGAAGGAUGCACGGGGUCCUAUCUCAUUAAAACUGUAGGAGGAAAGAGCUGUCUUUACAUCAUGCCAAUACAAAACAGUCUGGACAUUUCCCCUUUACCUUAAACAUCAAAAGAAUUUGAAAAAAUGCCAAAAGCCAGAUGUGUCACGUGUCACACAGACAUGCCUGUUCAACUACUCGCUGCACACAUCAAGAAGUGCGAGACAGACAUAUUGAUCAACAGCAGUGAUUUUGAAUAUGACCAUGGAGAUUACUUGCUGCCGUCGGAUACUGAGGUGCCAUCUGAUACCACAAAAGUGGAUGAUUUUAAUGGCAAUGACUCUAGGAGCCCUGCAAUUAUUGAAGUGCCAUCUACUGCCACAAAGAUGGACCAUGUUAAUGGCAAUAUGAAGUCAAUGGAUCCAACUCAUCCCCUCACAAUGGAUGUCAAGGUGUCUUGUCCUGUGUGUGCUGCCAUGUAUUCGGAAGACUUGAUUGAAAUACAUGCAAGUACCUGUGGGGAAAGGUGUGAAAAUAGACCAAGUAUUGAUUCGGACUUUGCUUUGACAGAACCAAAAAAGCCAGACAAGCAAAACAGCCUUACAGAAGCAGUAAACAAACUUAAAGAGGCAAUCAACGCUAGAACUAUAUUCAGUGUCUGUGUCACAAGGGAAGACAUGUUCAACCGAGGCUUGACACAAUGGAAACGACAAAAGAAGUCCUCUCCAUGGAAUCCCCUCAGAGUCACUUUCAUCGGAGAGCUUGGGAUAGACAGUGGUGCUCUAAUGAAGGAAUUUCUGACAGAAAUGAUGGUGGGGAUUGAGGCAAAAUUCUUUGAGGGAGGGGAUUCUGGAAAAAAUCUUAAGUAUUUCAUCACAGAUUUUCAGAAUGACAAUUUCAGGACAGUUGGCGAAAUAAUGGCUGUGAGCAUUACUCAGGAUGGCCCUCUACCUAACUUUUUCAUGGAGUGGAUAUACAGUUACAUCACUUCUGGGGAGAUUAACAAAGAUCAGUUGUCAAAAGCCAAUGUAACAGAUGCAGACCUGCUAGAUCUUAUUAAUAAGAUUGAGACAGCAGACAGUUCAGCAUUGAUCAAGCUUUCUGAAAGGAUUGCAGCAUGCGGGUACACUGGACCUCUAGCAUGUGAUAGAAAGACUGACAUUGUGAGUGCUGUUGUCCUACAUUCCUCUGUCCGAAUACUUCCAAUGCUCCAGCAGAUGUGCAAAGGAUUGGAACUCUAUGGCCUCCAUGAAAUGUUGAAACAAAAUCACCAGCUAUUUCAGCAUGUAUUUGUUCCUGGCCAUUUUCAAAAACCAGAUGCAGAUUUUCUUACAAUGACCCUGUCACCUAUUUUAAGUGAAGUGGGUUCAGUUAGGCAGCAGAAGGAAUCAAAGAUUGUGAACUAUUGUCAGGAUUCGGGACGAAAGGCAAGGAACACGAAGAAGGAUGCAGAUGCAGGUUACGGACAAAAUUACAUUUAUUCAAAUAAAUAACAUCAAACAAAACACGAGCAAACCAACAGGCAGGUAAAACUGGAACAAAACAGAGCACAACACGUAACAGGCGACGAUGAACCGGUGAGUGAAUGACAGAAAACAGGGGUAUAAAUACACAGACAAUCAAACAAGGAACAGGUGCAAUGAGUUAAUGUAAUCAGUCAAUGAAAGUCCAGGUGACAAGGAUCAGAGACAAACACAAAACAUGACACGGAUCGAACCGUGACAUAAGCCCCCCCAUAAGGAGUGGCUCCCAGACACUCCACCACGACACAAAAACACA